UGUAAAUUAUAAAUUUAUGAAAAUAUAUUUUCAAUUAUGUUGCGAUUUACUGAGAUGCAGUAUAACGUUACAUUCAAAGAGCGAUUGUACUAGAACGUAUUUUUUUUCCAUACUUAUUCUCUAACAUGUUUGCAAAGAGCAACAUUGAUCCUGAAUUGGAAAGGCUGAGAAAAGAGGUUGAUGGCCCACCAAAUUUGGAUACUGCAGCAUUGAAUAUAAAAAGAACCACUUCUCGAAUUCAUGCUUCUUUCUUGUUUGAACACAUUGGAAGACCAACAUUACAAAAAUUAUGUUUAAUAUUAAGUUCCACAGCUACAGGAAAAACAUAUGAUGGAUGGCAAGAAUUUGCAUCAUACAUGGGCCUGACAAUGGAACAAAUGCGUUGCAUAGAUUAUGAUUUCAAGGGCCUACAAGAUCCAACAUACUACGUAUUGUUAGCUUAUGUACAACAUGUUGAUGCAACCAUAGACAAGAUUUUGACUGCCUUACAGAAAAUGCAUCGUUAUGAUGUGAUUAAUCAAAUAAAGGGUAACAUUUCUGAUUUAGUUCAUGCAAUUCAACAGGAAACUCCAAUUACUGAGUCUACCAUAUUGAGAUCUACAAGUGUUCCAAGAGCACCCUUAAUCUUAACUCCACUAGAACAUGUACAAAGUGUACAAAUAAAGACAUGUGACUCUAAAAAUAUCUCGCAAGAUAACUUACAAAAGACCAAAAAGACGUAUGGGUGCAUAGUUAUGUUGACAUUUGCUGAAGAUGGUUUAAAAACAGCCCAAUAUGUAGCAAAAACAUUUAGGUCUAAGCAACCUCGGAUUGGAGUACUUAUACUUCAAGAACAAGAAAACCAUGUAUAUAGUAAAGCAGAAGAGUUUAUAGAUGAUUGUUUUAGUCAAGUGAAUUUCAUUAUACCAAUAUUGACACAAGGGUACUUGGAAAGAAUACACAAUCCUAAGAAAGUAUAUAGUGAAGACCAAAAUAAAUUAGAUACUAAGUAUAUAAAGUAUAUAUCUUCCUUAAUGAAAUAUGAAUAUGUAAGAAAUCAAUGCAUUAAUUCUCGCGUAAGGUGUAUAGUACCAGAUAAAGAAGUAAACACAGUGGUAAAAGCAAAUUUGCAUCCAACUUUCCAAGCAUGGUUCAGAGAGAGUGGUAUUGAUACAUUUAUCAACAUUCUUUUACAAAGAUACUCAUAAUAAAGCUUUACUAUAAUAUGUAUAUAUAUAUGUUAUGUUUGUUUAUAUUACUUACUGUUUAAUAAAAUACUCC